AUGUAUCGACGAGUUGGUAAAAAUUUUAGUGGACAAUUUAAUGUAAAAAAUUAUUCAAAAACUGCAGAAGGAAGUUUUAAAGAAAAGUUAAAAGACGGUCCAAAUUUUGAAGACUUUUUAAGUGAAAAAAUUCCCAAAUACGAUGGAAAAUUAAAACUAGACAAAAAUGACAAGUCUAGACUUAGAUUACCACCCUGGUUGAAGCGCGAAAUUCCUAUGGGUGAAAAUUACGCGCAAUUAAAAACGCAAUUGAGAGAUCUGAAGCUAGCGACUGUUUGCGAGGAGGCCAGGUGCCCGAAUAUUGGCGAGUGCUGGGGAGGAGGCGAGCAUGGAACUUCUACGGCGACUAUUAUGCUGAUGGGAGACACUUGCACCCGAGGUUGCAGAUUUUGUUCAAUAAAGACAGCUCGAGCGCCUCCACCGCUCAAUCCUGAGGAGCCUGUUAACACCGCGAUAGCCGUGGCUAAAUGGGGGGUUGAUUAUAUUGUAUUAACUUCCGUUGAUCGUGAUGACUUACCCGAUGGAGGAUCCAAUCACAUUGCAGCUACGAUAAAAGAACUCAAGAACCGGACUAAUAUUUUAGUCGAGGCAUUAGUACCUGAUUUUGCAGGAAAUGAAACUUGUAUAAAAACAAUUGUUAACUCAAAAUUGGAUGUAUUUGCUCAUAACAUUGAAACGGUAGAACGCUUGACGCCAUUCGUACGAGAUCGACGAGCACAUUAUAAACAAUCGUUGAAAGUCCUAAAAAUGGCGAAAGAGCUAAACCCGAACCUAAUAACCAAGUCCUCAAUAAUGUUGGGCCUGGGAGAGACCGACGAGGAAGUAGAAACCACCAUCAGAGACCUGAGGUCUGCGGGAGUUGACGCGCUGACAUUGGGCCAGUACAUGCAGCCGACAAAGCGCCACCUUAAGGUGAUCGAGUACGUUACUCCCGAGAAGUUCAAGCACUGGGAAGAGUUCGGGAACACUUCGGGGUUCCUCUACACCGCUAGUGGUCCGCUGCGACAGCAGGACGAGGCUCGACUCCCUCAGCUGGUGGGUCCUGAGGUUUGUCAUCGUCAGCACUUGGACCAGCAGCAGCCGGGCGGCCACGUUUCUCAUCGCCCUCAAUUUCGGUCAAGUACCGUUCCGUCUGUUCCUCGGUCAGAAUUUCAAAGACCUGGCCCUUGCCUACGACUCCGAUGGACACGUUCUAUAAUUAACAAUAUUUAUUAA